AUGACUGUACUAGCCACCUUUGUUGCUGCUGCUGCGGCUGGUUUGGCAGCUGUCUCUCAGGCUUCUCCAGUAGCUCAGUCAGAUGCUACCGCUGGUGUGUCAAAUGCGAAAUCUUCUUUGACACUCGUCUAUCAGAACAACCUCAAUGGAUCAGACGACAAGAACCACAUCGGCGCCAUUGUCCUCGACCCGGUUCCCCAAGCCAGUGCAGCGGCAGCUUGCGCUUCCUUGAACGAGAAGCUCAUCACUCGAGCUGCUCUUGAACAGCAUCAGAACGAUUUUAAUGAUGCCCUCUCAUACCAAGACUAUGCCAAAUACAGCGACGCCGAGCAGGGCUACCACAUCGACAACGGUGUCGUUUCAGUGGGCGAUCGGGUGAGCUAUUUGUCCUCUCCGGCGCCUCGCAAACAACUGCCAGUUUUGUGCACUCAGUCCUUCAACAAUGGCUCGCGAAACGCUGGCUUUGUCGAGGGCAGCAGUGUCUCGGUAGCUUCAGGAGGCAACACAUUCGUUGGUUACCGCAACCAAAAGUCGUUCCGAUUCCUGGGCAUCCCAUAUGCCGAUACACCAAAACGUUUCCAGUACUCUUCUAUCUAUUCUAAGAAGGGCCAGACUAUCCAAGCUACCCAGCACGGGUCACAGUGUAUUCAGGGCGGCGGUGGAAGCGAGGAUUGUCUGUUUUUGGGUAUCCAGACGCCAUACAUUCCGAAAUCCGGAUCCAAGAAAAACCUUCGACCGGUUCUUUUAUGGAUUCACGGCGGAGGAUUCACAGGUGGAGUCGGUUCAGACCCGCUUACCGACGGUGGAAACUUGGCGAGUAAAGAAGACCUGGUUGUUGUCAGUAUCAACUACCGUCUUUCCACGCUCGGUUUCCUUGCCAUUCCAGGAACGGACAUCAAAGGAAACUUUGGUAUCCAGGACCAACAGGUGGCACUAGACUGGGUCAUUGCCAACAUUGCCUCUUUUGGAGGUGAUCCCAAGAAAAUCACCAUCGCUGGUGGCUCUGCGGGCGCCGGCUCAGUGCGUGUGCAUCUCGGUUCACCAAAAGCUAUUGGCAAGUUCCAAGGUGCCAUUGCCAUGUCCAACCUCGGAGGAGGCAAGACACUGGGCCUCGAUGGUGACUACGGGACAACAUACUCAACCUACCUCACUAUCGAGGAAAGUUAUGAGAAAGCAGGCCAGCAGAUCUUUGCGGCAGCGGGCUGCAACAGCACCGACUUGUCUGCUCAGAUUGCGUGUCUUAAAACAGCCGACGCAGCAAAGAUAGUUGGAUUCAAUACGGUCGCACGCUACGUUGUUCAGGAUGGAACCUAUGUCGAUACAUCCAACCUCAUCCUCACAACUCGCAACGCCAGUACCGCGCAUAUUCCCGUCAUGUUUGGCGUCACCCGCGACGACGGCGCCUCAUUCACUAAUUACCCCAGAACUCCCAUCUCAAACCACACCCAGGGUCUCCAAGAAGCCCUCAGUAUCAACAGUACAUGGGCCCAGCGCGUCAUCGAUUCUGGUCUUUUCCCCCUGAUCAACACAGGCAACCUGACACUCGACUCAUUCAACGUCUCCCAGCGCAUCACAACAGACAAGAUGUUCCGCUGCAUUGACCAAUCCACCGUGUAUUCUGGCUCCCGCUCCCACGCCUUCGAAAAAGCAUACUUCUACCAAUUCGAGCGCACGAUUGGCGGUUACGAUCCCGACGGUCUCGGCGGGCCCGCCAACAACAACCCAGAGAACCCUUACUUUCGUAUCCAUGGCUCAGAAACUGACUGGGUAUUCGGCACACUGACGACGAUCCGCGACUCCAAGGAUUUGUGGAGCGAGCAGCUUACCACCGGAUAUUUUGCCUCGUUCAUCCGGAGCGGCGACCCGAAUCCCAGCUUGAGCUACUUGGACGUGCGUGGAUACGAGAAGGAGGUUGAGGGUGCGAAGAAGUUCGGCGCGUGGAAAGCUGUUGAUGCAACCGGCAAGGAUGGUGAUGAAAUACGCUUCCUGGACUGGCCGAGUAAGAGCACUGGAUACCAGGAUGUAGAGCAGUGUGCUUGGUUAGGAUAUCCUCUAGAUUACUACCUCAAGGGUGGUAUCUAA